AUGCAAGACCAGCUGACAGUGACGUGCAGCAGCGCGCAAGCGGAGCUGACCAAGCAAGCCAAGAGCAUUGGACAGGUGGAGCCGGUGGCUUCCGAGAGCAUGGUGCAGAAGAAUGAGCGCAUCGAGACCUCCAUUUCCAAACUGGGCCCCAGGGUUUCGACCCUGGAGGACACUCUCAAGGAUUUGAUCCAGGAGCUGGGCACAAGGCUGCGAGGCCUCGACGUGAGCCUCCUGGGUCUGGAGCCACGGAUCGCCACGGUGGAGUCCCAGAUGCCGCGGCUUCAAGACACCGUGAAGACGUUGUCGGUGCUGUCGGCAGAUGUGAAGUCUGAUGGGGAGAAGUCAGCGUUGCGUUUCCAAAAGCUUGAGGCCUCGCUGGCCAAGCUGGCCGCGGGCGCUGAGGAGGCGGAGCUUGCGGCGCAGCAGCUGAAGCUGUGGUCCGAGAAGUCGGAGGAGCGGCAGCGGCGCCUGGAGACCGCCUUCGAGGCGCUGCACGCGGAGCGCGGCGAGCUGCAGGCGGCGGCCAGGCGCAUGGAGACCUCGGCCCAGACUCAGAAGGAGAACCACGAGACAGCCAUUGCGCGGGUGUGCAACUUCGAGUAUCGGCUCACAGCCUUCGAGGUGCGCUUGAGCCAAGUGGAGCCUUUGGAGGCCUUGGCGGUGCAGCUGGGCCAAGUGGAGCCCCGCCUGGCGCAGCUGGAGCCCUUGAAGGCGCUGCCGCAGCAGCUGCAGCAGCUGGAGGCCCAGCAGAGCAGCUUGGACAGCCGUUCCGCCAUCUUGGAGACAUCCACCAAGCGGAUGGAGGCAGUUGCUGAGGCGGCGGCUGAAGCCUGCCGCGAGGACUUUCAGAAGGCGCGGCUUCGUGCUGAGGAGUUGCAGCGGGAGGUGCAGCAGGUGACCAAGGCCCAAGAGCUAACGCAGGCGGAGCUGACGGAGAUGCAGAGCUCCAUGGAGCAGACGCAGCAGCGCACUCGGAGCGAGCUGCGAAGCAACGAGGAGCGGCUGAUGAGCUCCAUGCAGGACCUCGAGUCCCAAGUGUCUCUGCGCCUCGAGGAGAACCGAACCAGCCUGGACAAGCAGACGCGGAGUGUGGGCAUUCUGCAGCACGGCCGUCAGGACCUGGAGCGCUCCAUGGAGGCGCUGAAGCGCGAGCUGCACCGCGACAAGGCCUCCGUCGCCGAGGCGGCGGAGAGCGCCACCCGGGCGGCCCAGGAGGCGGCGGAGGCGGCAAAGAGUGCGGCAGAGGCGUCCAAAGAGUUGCAGAAGGAUCAUGAGGAGAGCUGGGCCAAAGUUUGA